GCGCUUGUUCUUUGUUUGCCCGGGCGGAGCGAAGACGCUUGGCGCGCGGCGGCGGUACCGAAAUUUCACGCGAAUCGAGCCAAAGGCUUUGAGCUGUUACAAGCAGCCAUCUGUAAGCCAUGAGCCGGUCCAGCCGAACUAUUUAUGUCGGGAACCUCCCGGGAGACGUGAGAGAGCGGGAAAUUGACGACUUGUUUCACAAGUAUGGGCCCAUUGUAGACAUUGACUUGAAACUCCCGCCGAGGCCUCCAGGCUACUGCUUCAUCGAGUUUGAAGACGUUCGAGAUGCCGAGGAUGCUAUACGCGGACGUGACGGCUACAACUUCGAUGGAUACCGUUUACGGGUUGAAAUCGCUCACGGUGGCCGAGGCCCUCCGUCCUCGGAUCGAUACAGCAGCUAUGGCGGCCGGGGAGGAAGUGUGUCCAGGCGUUCGGAGUAUAGAGUUAUAAUCACUGGAUUGCCCUCGUCGGCAUCGUGGCAGGAUUUGAAGGACCAUAUGCGCCGAGCUGGCGACGUUUGCUUUGCACAAGUGUUUCGAGAGGGAAAUGGAACUACUGGCAUUGUGGAUUUCACCAAUUAUGACGAUAUGAAAUACGCGAUAAAAAAACUCGAUGAUUCGGAGUUUCGGAAUCCAUUUUCUCGCUCGUACAUUCGUGUGAAAGAAGACAAGUCUCAGGGCUUGAAACGAAGCACUUCACGCAGCUUGAGUCGAAGUCGGAGCAGGAGUCAUAGCCGCAGCUAUACCCGAAGCAGGAGCCGCAGCCGAAGUCGCAGCCGAAGUCGCAGCCGCGGACGGUCAAGGACACCGAGAAGCAGGUCCAAGUCCCCCUCGAAGUCAGUGUCCAAGUCUCCUGUAGCACGGUCGAGGUCACGCUCGCCUCAGACGUCGAGGUCUCCUGUGAAGGAGUUGAGCCCAAGCCCCAGCCCGCGUCGCUCACGCUCACCUUCUCCUGCGGCUGAAAAGAGUCCUGCCAGGGAUGUUGUUUCAAGUGAAGCCAGCGCCAAAGCCGAGGCUAAUGGAGGGUCUCCUGCGCCUCGAAGUCCGUCUCUGGUGUCCGAGUGAGCCUGCGGUGCCGGAGAUUUUGGUCUGAAGCUUUUUUCUCAUUAUGGUACAUUUUAGUUUUUUCAACUUAUAAGGUAGUCAGAUGGUUUGCAGAGUCCUGGGCAUUGCAUGGAUUAGUGGAAUGCUCAACAGAUUGGAUUGCUAGUGUAAGUUACUGCUGUUACUAUUC